GGUAGACGUCCAACGACACUCCUACGCAAACCGCCACAUCGGACAUACAAUGUGGAACCUACAGCCAUGACGACAGUUCCCUCACCGAGGGAGUUCCUCACAUCUGUCGUAAACACUCUCUCGGCAUACAACCCGGCCGAGCACCAAGCACACCCCAAUCAGCAACACCAGCGCCACCAUCACCACUACGCAGACCAUCCCCCAUCAAACCCUCUCAAGCUCAUCCCAAACCCGCACCGUGCACUCCUUUCCACUCUUCACGUCCUCUAUCCUUCCAUUCUUCUGCCCGCUCUGGAUCUGCUGGACAGACGCCUGGUCACACGGGUUGUCGUCGCAAAUAGCAGCAGCAGUAACAACAACGACAGCACAAACAGUGACACCAAGAACGCCAGGCCAGAAGAGGCAUCACUACAACGAACCCGGACAUUCCACCUCGUCCGCUCCGCGCAGCAACAACAGCAGUCCACCACCACCUCCCGGCGCCGCCACCAUCAUCACAACCACAACACGACACUAGACAGCGUGUCGAUAGCAGCCGCACUCGCAGGAAGCGGCCGUGGCGCCACGACGAUCCCGGCCGCCCCGGCACCGGCCCCGGCAUCGGGCGGGAAAGUCUACGUCGUCCGCCUGGACGCAUGGAACUGCUCGUGUGCGGCGUUUGCGUUCUCCGCCUUCCCGCCAGAAGCUACGAGCCGGUUCCCACAGCAUCAGUCUGGUCCUGGGGCAGCAGGCAGCAGCGCCCAAACGUCAUUACUGGCAAGGCUGAAGUCCGAAGGACCCGGCGCUGGGCAGGCCCGAAGCGAUGACCACGAUCUCGCAAGCAGAACGAGAGCGAGUGAUUCGGGUUAUGAGAUCUUCCCAGCGGCAUCGCAUGAUGAGCAUGGCAUACAUGGUGACGCCGCGCAGACGAAUCGGUCGUGGGAGUGCGGCGGGUUUAGUAUAGACGGUCUGCCCGGGAGCGGGAUCGUGAACGUGCCGUGUUGUAAGCAUCUGCUGGCAUGUCUUUUGGGCGAGCGCUGGUCGAGCGUACUUGGUGAAUAUGUUCAAGAGCGAAGAGUCGGCCGGGAAGAAGGCGCCGGACUGAUGAGUGACGUGUAGACCUACCACUUCAUUAUUGCUACGCGGAUGUCUGGUGGCAUAUACGAGAUGCAUUUCGAUCAACGGAUGCACGCAGCUACAUGCACAGGCAGAGCCUCCGUC